AUGCGCCGAUUUCGCAAUGUGAACGUACAACCGCCCCCAACGUGUUCACGUUAUCAACGGACAUUCCGGGCACCAACUGGACUCGUUGGACACCGUCGGAUCAACUGCACCACUCGGACCGCACCAACAGUCUUACCUCCGUCCACCUCUCCCUCGUCCUCUGCGCCGUCAAAUACUUCUGACCGUCCUCCUGAACCACCACUUCCAUCCUUCUCACCCUCCUACCCCUCCUUCCCUUCCUCCUCGCUCUCCUCCCCCUCCUUGUUCUCCUCCUCCUCCUCCUCCUCCUCCUCCUCCUCCACCCUCCCCCCCCGCCUCAACGUCUGCCGUUGUGGCGUCUGCCAUGCGUAUCAACACUACACACAAUCCCGACACACCAACAAACACCAACACCGCAAUCGUCAACACUGGUAA